GCUCCCUCAAGAUUAAUAUUGGCCAAGCAAAACCAAGAAAGAAACCAUACCAAGGCGGUCUCUUUAAUUUCCUCCUUGUUCUCUGUUUUUCUCUUCUUCCUUCCUUCCCUCCUUCCUUUUCAGUCUUUGACACAUCCACACACACACAAUACUAAGUAGUACUAGUAAUAGAGAGGUUAGCAAAAACGACAUAACAGAGAAUCAUAUAUAUAGCGAGCAAUAUUCAAAAUUGAAAUGGAGAUGGUUGAGACAACGAUCACUCUACAGCAACAGCAAUCAAUGCUGUCCAAGUUCAAGAGGAUUUGUGUGUUUUGUGGGAGUAGUCAAGGCAAGAAGACUAGCUAUCAAGUUGCUGCUAUUGACCUUGGCAACGAAUUGGUUUCACGGAACAUUGAUCUGGUCUAUGGAGGAGGUAGCAUAGGUUUGAUGGGUUUGGUUUCACAAGCUGUUCAUGAUGGUGGUCGUCAUGUUAUUGGAGUUAUUCCCAAGACGCUCAUGCCUCGAGAGUUAACUGGCGAAACAGUAGGGGAAGUGAAGGCAGUUGCAGAUAUGCAUCAAAGGAAGGCAGAGAUGGCUAAGCAUUCUGAUGCUUUUAUUGCCUUACCAGGUGGUUAUGGAACGCUGGAAGAGUUACUUGAAGUCAUAACCUGGGCUCAACUUGGAAUUCAUGACAAACCGGUUGGACUGCUCAAUGUUGAUGGAUACUAUAAUUCUCUGCUCUCAUUUAUUGACAAAGCUGUGGAGGAGGGUUUUGUUAGUCCCAGUGCACGCAACAUUAUUUUAUCCGCUCCAACAGCAAAAGAGUUGGUGAAGAAACUGGAGGAGUAUGUCCCCUGUCAUGAAAGAGUUGCAUCGAAGUUGAGCUGGGAAAUUGAGCAACUUGGCUACUCUCAAAAUUAUGAUAUCUCUAGGUGAUAUGUGGAUGGCUGCAGUAAACAAUCGGUAGAUGGGUUUGGAAGUGAAAGGAGCUAAUUUUGGACAAUCAACAUUGAAAUUUCCUUUGUGGGAAUUCUUUUUGUAAAUUAUUGCAAUUAAUCUCAAUAUGUUAAGCUUCUUAAAUGCUCUAUUCUAGUUAAAAUUUAAUGUUUUUCUGUUAAGCUGUAAUUAAGUAUGAGAUGCUUACGAACAUUCCCAUUUUAAAUGUUGACUAAUUUAUGUUUUAAUUAUCAUUCA